AUGCGAUACGAUAUGAGUGAUGCACAGAGAAACCUACCUAAUGUUGGCAUUGAUCACAAACUGUUAUUAUUGGUUACUAAUCAAUGGGAGAGUGCCAGAAACGGAUACCGAAGAAAGAAGUGUCGUAUGUUGGUGAAAUCUUAUACUCAGGAGACAAAUUGA